AUGGAUGAGGGACAGUGUUUCCAAUGCAUCAGCGCAAACCAACCAAGAGAAACCGAAGCACGACCAGCAGAUUACCUUAAGAACCCGCCCCAGACACCUCCAAGGAGCUGCAGGAAGCCGUUUGCAAAGCUCAACGAAUUCCCCGGAUACCGUCCAAAUACGCAGCAAAGACGUCGCUACAUGUUCCUGCUCUUCGAAGAAUGGCUUCGAUGGAAGAACUUCGCUGUCAAUUAG